CAAUUCACCCCAGAGAAAGAAUGUUGGCCAGGAUCUCCACCACAUGCAAACUGCAUUUAAAGCUGCUGGGCCCUGAAACUCCAUGCAGCAGUUUGAAACUGAUCCACAGCCUUCCUCCUUCACCUACCACUUGGGGCUAAUACACAGCCAUGAACUUCUAUUGAGGAAAACCACAAAAAGCUUCAAAAAAGCUACAACGGGGAAAAGAGAGCACUGUCCCAGUUAGCAGGCCACUAGCUUAUUAACUUCCAGUCACCUUGAUUUUUGCUGAAAUGAAGACUCUGCCGUCUAUACUUCUCCUGCUCCUGUUUGUGCCUCUGAUAAUGCCAGCAGCACCGACUCAGCAGGACCCACGCAAGCCCUAUGAUUAUGGAACAGAUAAUUUUGAAGAAACCUUGUUUAGUCAAGACUUGGAGGAUAAAUAUCUGGAUGGAAAAAAUAUUAAGGAAAAAGAAACUAUGAUAAUACCGGAAGAGGGAAGUCUUCAAUUACAAAAAGAUGAGCGUGUAACACCACCGCCCCUCAAGAAGGAAAAUGAUGAUGGCCUCGGGAUACGUUAAACUCAAACAGUGGGCUUUCUUCUCCCCUGAGGAAGAUAGCCAUUGCCACCCCACAUUACGAGUGAGAAACGCAGACGGAAACAUUCAAGAACAACCAAGUACAAAGCGUGUGCCUCUGUCUACAGAAAGGCAAUUCCAGAACAGUGAUUUAACGACAGCGAUCUGCAAAUACUAUGUGCAGCCUGAGGAUAAGGGACAUAAAAUGAAUUCUUAACUUC